ACUGUACUACGUCGCAGCAUAGUUGUAGACAGUGGCAAAUCUCGUGGGAAGCAAUUGCUCGGAACGCCAUACAGCAGUAGGGAGACGUCAGUAGAUCAUCGCAGUUCAGGCUUUGGUGCUGGGGAGGGGAAGGUUUUCUGGGAACGACGAAUAGAAGGCUUAGUGACAUAAAGACAGGGGACUUCGAGGAGUAAGUGAUGGCUGACGACGACGUGGAGAUGGAUGUGAUCCGCGAAGAGGAAAUGGAGAGCGCGAGUCUGCUUUCCUCGUCAGCGAAAGAGAAGUCGGCGUCUUUAGCUCGAGCUGCUUAUCGAGCAGAGCUUGCAAGCAAACGAGCAGCCCUGUUGGCAAUCCUGAUCAUUCCGAUCCUCGUCAUGAUCGUCCUCUGGCAUGUCUUUGACUCGAACGCCAACUUGGGUUUCAAGAAGCAGCCUCCGCAUGAGAGCAUUCCCCGCCCCUAGCGCUCUUCUUCCUGGUCCUUACGGGAUUCCAAUUUGUGGAGGAGGAAGUCGCACAGGAGAAUCUAUUCUGCCCGUUACUUAAAAUAAUCAUCCCUUUGGAAGAGGCGAGCGAUCUUGAGUGCACCGCCACAGCGAACACGAAUUACGCACGAAUGGACCGAGUUGGUUGCGAAAUUAGUGUACAGCAGGGAGUCGCAGUCAUCAUUUUGGAAUGGAAAGCUCGGAUGAUGAAACUGCGUCCCGCCGCGAUCAUCUAAUUGAGAUACACGCAGGAUUGCAUUUGACUCGUGAGGACGACCAACUGCAAGCUUGCCAGGCAUGGAGAUGGCAAUGGGCUUGAGAAAUUCAGCGCCUCGCUGAGAACUGCAAGCCAUCCAGGGCGACGCCCAAUACUCGAUUUGGUUCAUUGAUCAGCAGCCGGACGGUGACCUGCAGCCCAUCUGGUCGUCCACGUUCCCAGAAGCGUCCAGAAAACACGUUUCAGUAGGGGCUUGCUCCACCGAGAAGUGCCAAAUCUAGAGGUCUUCCUAUAUUAGAAGUUGUAACAAAGUUAACCACGACCUCCUCCUUCAAGGUGGUGAGGUUUUCACUGAGAUGGUGCAUAUACUGCAUACGUAUCUUCACUUUGGGCUUAGGGUCUAGUUACAUGUGUAUAUCAUGAAGAGAUGUGUUUGGGAUGGAGACAGACUCCGGUAAGUUGAGAUCUACAUUAGGUGUAGAUUCAUCACUUAGCGAAGGAAGAUCUCUCUCUCUGAUUUAAAUUGGAGGCGAACAUCAAAGCGUUAUUGUUACUCUAGAAUUUUAGCUAUGAAUCCAAAUUGUUUGUGUGGAAGUGAAAAGCCAUGGAACCUCCGACCGAAGGCAAGGUAUUAUCCCUCUCUUGUAAAUUUCUAUCUCGUCCACCACUC